GUCGAGAUGGACCUGGGGAAGGGGGGGGAACCGCAACGGCUCGCAAGAUCCUGGUUCCAUGUUAUGGAUUCGAAAGGGCGGGCCCCUUACUGGUCUGAGCACCACAUUUACGUCGAUGAAGCGGGCCUUGGCGCCCGGGAUUUACAACAUGGGUCCGAACGACGACAUCGCAUCGCAGAACGGUGAAAGUAAACAUUCCAGCUAUCAAAACAAUUCCAUCUUACCCUACCCAUUCAAUCAUUCCCAAUCAAAGCAAAAUGCACAUCCGAACCCUCCUCCUAUCAGCCCUCCCACCCCUAGCCCUCGCCCACGGCAACCACGGCGGCGGCGGCGAAGGCGGCUCCCAAAAGCCAGCCGUAGACCCACACGCGAAUUGGAUGACGAGACACAUGGCUGAGGAGCACCACAUAACCUCCUUCGACCCCCCCUCCUUCUUCACCCUCCACGACUUCGACUCCUCCGGCCACCUCGACGCCCCCGAAAUCCUCAAGCUCUACGGCCUCCUCGACCCCUCCAACGCCCACUACACCCCCGCCCAGCGCGACGCCUUCGCCCGCCAAAUCCUCGACCUGAUCGACACCAACCGCGACGACCUCAUCUCCAAAGACGAGUUUUUGCAUUACUUGCUGGUGGAAGGGAAGGAGCUGCCUGAUUUGGGCACGGGGCCGGGCCAUCAUGGGGAUGAUGAGUACGAGUAUGAGAUUCAUCACUGGGAGAAGUACCAUGAUGAGAAUACAAAGUUGGAGGAUCUGACGCAUCCGGAAGAUAUUGAGCACUUUAAGAAGCAUGAGGAGAUGGAGCGGGAGGAGGAGGAGAGGGAGGAACGGGAGAAGAAGGCGAGGGAGCAGGGGGGCGAGGGGAAGGGGUGGGUGGUGGAGGAGAAUAUUCCGGGCAAGUUUAGGAGGGUGGAUCUCUAGGCGGUUUUUGACCCUGUGAAACCUAGGGUGGUGAAUCUACG